UUCCAAAGCACACACUUCUCUACCUAUUUCCUUAUCUGUUUUCUAAGCUUGGGUUCAAGAGAUUUAGGUAUGGCUGCUCACCAAAAGAUUGAAGUGGACGUGGAGGUUUGCAUUGGUGCUGACAAGUUCUGGCAUAGCAUCAGGGACUCCAAUACCCUCUUCCCCAAGAUUUUCCCUGAGGUGUACAAGACUAUUGAGGUUCUUGAAGGCGAUGGAAAGGCCAUUGGCUCCAUCCGCUUGAUCAAAUAUGGUGAAGGAGCUCCUCUGCUCACAUUCGCAAAGGAGAAGAUAGACGCAGUAGAUGAUGAGAAGAAGACAGUGGGCUACCAUGUGCUUGAAGGUGACAUCCUGAAACACUACAAGCAUUUCAAGGCUUUCCUCUCUGUGACUCCAAAGGGAGAUGGGAGCCUGGUGAAGUGGUGGUGCGAAUUCGACAAGGCUAGUCCCGAGGUUCCCGAACCCCACUUCAUCAGGGAUGCCGCCGUUAAGACAUUCAAGGAUCUUGAAGCCUUUCUCAAGGCAUAAAUUGCUCUACUCUCAACUGUUCUUCAUGGAAUUGCCUUCUUCAGUUCUGUCUGGGUCACUACAAAUGUGUGUUUAGUUCAAUAAACGGCUAUGAAUAAAGCCAGUUAUGGUCUCAUUUGGGUUCAGAAAUGUGAGUCAUGAUAUUGUAUGUCUGAAACACCAGCAGUAAAUGAUCUAUUUAUUCAAGCA